AUGGCCCAAAUCAAUUGCACCCAGGUGACAGAAUUUAUUCUCGUGGGUCUGACAGAUCGUCAAGAGUUGAAGAUGCCCCUCUUUGUGAUUUUCUUAUCUAUUUAUGUUUUCACAGUCAUAGGCAACCUGGGUUUGAUCCUAGUCAUUAGAACAGAUGCAAGACUCAAAACACCUAUGUACUUCUUCCUCAGCAACCUGGCUUUUGUCGAUUUCGGUUAUGCUUCGGUCAUUACACCCAAAAUGCUGGGAAACUUCUUGUACAAACAAAACGUCAUCUCCUUCAAUGCAUGUGCUGCUCAGUUAGGCUGUUUCCUCGCCUUCAUGACAGCUGAAUGCUUGCUUCUGGCUUCCAUGGCCUAUGAUCGGUACGUGGCCAUUUGUAACCCUCUCCUCUAUAUGGUUGUAAUGUCUCCAGGAAUCUGCAUGCAGCUUGUGGCUGCCCCCUAUAGCUAUAGCUUCCUAGUUGCCUUAUUUCAUACCAUCCUCACUUUUCGCCUCUCUUAUUGUCACUCUAACAUCAUCAAUCACUUCUAUUGUGACGACAUGCCUCUUCUCAGGCUAACUUGCUCAGACACUCACUCCAAACAGCUGUGGAUCUUUGUCUGUGCUGGUGUCAUGUUCAUUUCUUCCCUUCUGGUUGUCUUUGUCUCCUACGUGUUUAUUAUCUCCGCCAUCCUGAGGAUGCGCUCGGCUGAGGGUCGCCGCAAGACUUUCUCUACGUGCAGCUCGCACAUGGUGGCAGUCACCAUAUUCUAUGGGACUCUGAUCUUUAUGUACUUACAGCCGAGCUCUAAUCAUUCCCUUGACACAGACAAGAUGGCCUCUGUCUUCUACACAGUGAUCAUUCCCAUGCUGAAUCCCUUAAUCUACAGCCUGAGGAACAAAGAGGUGAAAGAAGCCUUGAAGAAAGUCAUCGUCAGUAGAAACCAGGCUUUCAUGUUCACGAUGUUAAGAAAGUGA